GCUCCGUAAAGAAAGCCGCCACGAAAAUUAUGGAAAAAUGGACGGUGGCGUGUGUUCAGUAAUGUUCUGUUUCCCCGAAUGAUAAAUAAUUAUAGGAUAAUCGAUGAUAAAUUAAAAUUGUGCAAUCGUUCUAUGGAAAAAAGAAAUUAAUUUUUAUAAGUUCAUCGGUACAAGUGCGACGUGACUAACGAGGUAUACUGUGGAGGGAUAAACUGGAGUCGGAUCGGAGCAACAUGGCGAGCCCUUCGCCACAGUCGUCGCCCAUGCCUCCACCCCAAGCACCUAGUCCAAUGGGUCCACCUCAGCAAGCACCAUCACCUUCUAAUCCCCAGGGGAGUCCUAUGGGGCCACCACAGCAUCAUCCACACAGCCCGACCCAGGGUUAUCCUGGGGGACCAGCGCCAUCAGGACCGCCUAUGACACAGCCGCCUCCACAGCAACCACCGCCGCAGGGGGCGAAUUAUCCACCGCAUUCGCAGGGAAUUCCAACUAAUAUGUCCCAGUCAAUCUCUUGUGGAGUGGGUCCAGGCUCGGGGCCAAUGGGUCCAGGACAAAUGGGCCCCGGAGGUGCUCUACCAAUGGGUGGUGGACCCAAUCAGAUGGGACCAGGAGGAAAUCAAAUGGGCCCAGGUCAAAUGCAACAACAACAGGGGCCACAAAAUGCCCCACCAAUGCCGGGAGGAGUCCUGCACAUGUCAGGGCCUCCGUCGAGUCAUAUGAACUCAUCUAUGCCAAGUCACAUGCCCCCUGGGGGUCCUCAGAAUAGCCAUAUACCGCCAGGUGGUCACAUGUCAAAUUCCUCGUCGACGGGGCACAUGAAUCCAGGGCACAUGCCCCCAGGAGGUCCUCCCCCUCCACCUAUGUCACAAGCGGGGCCUGGUGGUGGCCCCCACAUGCCUCCAAAUCAAAUGUCAGGCCCGGGCCAGAUGAUGACAGGAUCCGGAUCGAGUCAGAUGCCACCAAGUGCGAGUAUGGGUCCUCAGAUGGGCCAGAGGGGGCCGGGUCCCCACAUUCAGAAUGAAAUGAUGUCCAGCAGUCAAAUGCCUCAGACAAAUCCCAAUAUUCAGGGAGGUCCUCCUCCCUCCAGCGGUCACAUUCCACCUAAUCAGAUGCCUGGGACUCAGAUGAUGCCCUCCAGUGGCAGUCAGAUGGCACAGAGUCCUCAGGGCCCCAUGAAUCAGGCUCCUGGGCAUAUGCCGCCCAGUCAAAUGAUGCCGGUUUCUGAAUCCAAUCAGAUGCCACCAGGUCCCCCACCAAUGUCAGGCAAUGGAUCAAACCAAAUGGGGGCUGGAAUGGGUCAGAUGCCCAAUCAAAUGCCGCCAGCCAAUCAGAAUCCUCCCAUGCAGGGUGGAAUGGGACACAUGAGUGGUCCACCAUCGUCGGGACAUAUGAACGCCAGUCAUAUGCCACCUGGAGGACCUCCUCCCAUGAAUCAAAGCAAUCAAGGACACAUGGCUGGUGGCCCACCUGGCAAUGCUGCUGGGCACAUGCCUCCAGGGACACCUAAUACCCAGAUUGGUCCCAACAGUGGUCCCUCACCGAUGAGUCCGAAUAAUACGACCAGUCAAGGGGCACCUGGGCCAACUUCUGGACCUCCAAUGCCUCCUAAUUCGGGACAGGAGAAUCUUAAUGCUUUACAGAAGGCCAUUGAUUCCAUGGAGGAGAAGGGGCUUCAGGAGGAUCCUCGUUACUCGCAAUUGUUGGCACUCAGGGCUAAACAAGGUAGUGGCAUGGGGGAGAAACAAACAUUCAGCUCACAGCAGUUGCAACAACUUCGGGUACAGAUCAUGGCGUAUCGACUGCUUGCCAGGAAUCAACCAUUAUCACAACAGCUGGCACUGGCUGUUCAAGGUGGAGCCCCUCCUCCCGGUAUGGGUCAACGUCCAAUGGACUCUUCUCAAGGUCCAGUUACUUCUUCAGGUCCUCAAAUGCCGGGAAGUGGACCAACUGGCCAGCAGCGUCCACCAGUCCAGCCACCACAGGGUCCAGUACCGCAAGCACAACCCCAGCCGAAUCAGCCGACUCAGCAGAGCCAACAGCAGCAGCAACAACAACAACAGCAACAGCAGCAGCAACAACAGCAGCAGCAACAGUCAGGGGCAAAGACAAAUCGCGUGACAAGUGUCUCCAAGCCAGUAGGUCUUGAUCCCCUGCUGAUCCUUCAGGAACGUGAGAAUCGAGUUGCUGCUAGAAUAGCCCUGAGGAUGGAGCAAUUGAGCAAUUUGCCGACAAAUAUGCCGGAGGAUUUGCGUAUUCAAGCACAGAUAGAACUCCGAAUGUUGAAGGUCUUGAAUUUUCAACGUCAGUUAAGAACUGAAAUUCUGGCGUGCACCAGGAAGGAUACGACAUUGGAGACAGCUGUGAACGUGAAAGCUUACAAACGGACGAAACGUCAGGGUCUCAGGGAGGCCCGUGCCACGGAGAAGCUUGAGAAACAGCAAAAACUCGAGGCAGAGAGGAAACGACGUCUCAAGCACCAGGAGUUCCUCAGCUCUGUUCUCCAACAUGGCAAGGAUUUCAAGGAAUUCCAUCGUAAUAAUGUUGCAAAACUAUCGCGACUCAACAAGGCAGUUCUCAAUUAUCAUGCGAAUGCCGAGAGGGAGCAGAAGAAGGAGCAGGAGAGAAUCGAGAAGGAACGUAUGAGGCGACUGAUGGCAGAAGAUGAAGAGGGCUACAGAAAGCUCAUUGAUCAGAAAAAGGACAAACGUCUGGCGUUCCUAUUGUCACAGACAGACGAGUACAUCUGCAAUCUUACUGAGAUGGUCAAGCAGCACAAAAUGGAGCAGAAGAAGAAACAGGUGGAGGAGCAGAAAAGAAAGAAGCAGAAGAAGAAGAAGCUCCAGGAUGGAGAAACUGGGGAGGAUGGCACCCAGGUGGAUCAUCGGGUGAAUGUUGUCGAGGUGAAUACUGGAAGGACACUCACUGGGGAGGAGGCACCGUUGAUGAGCCAGCUGAAUGCCUGGCUUGAGGCCCAUCCUGGAUGGGAGGCCGUUGAAUCAGACAGCGAAGAGGAUGAUGAGGAUGAUGAGGAGAAUGACGAGAGGUCGGAGAGCAAAGACAGGUCGAAGGAAGGCACUGAUGCCGAUGCACAACACACAAUUGCCAAAGCCAAAGUCGAGGACGAUGAGUACAAAACUGAGGAGCAGACUUACUACAGUAUUGCCCAUACUGUUCAUGAAAGUGUCACUGAACAGGCAUCGAUAAUGGUCAAUGGUAAUCUCAAGGAAUAUCAGAUUAAGGGGCUCGAGUGGUUGGUAUCACUGUUUAAUAAUAAUCUCAAUGGAAUUCUGGCUGAUGAGAUGGGUCUUGGUAAGACCAUUCAGACAAUAGCACUUGUUACGUAUCUCAUGGAAAAAAAGAAGGUCAAUGGACCAUUCUUGAUAAUAGUACCUCUCUCGACUCUAUCAAAUUGGGUUCUUGAGUUUGAAAAGUGGGCGCCGAGUGUCGUUGUUGUUUCUUACAAAGGAUCACCAGCUGGUAGACGAGCUAUUCAGUCACAAAUGCGGGCGACAAAAUUCAAUGUACUGUUAACUACGUACGAGUACGUAAUCAAGGAUAAAGGAGUGCUUGCCAAACUCCAGUGGAAGUACAUGAUUAUUGAUGAGGGACACAGAAUGAAAAAUCAUCACUGCAAAUUAACGCAAGUGUUGAAUACACAUUACCUCGCACCUCAUCGUUUACUUCUCACUGGUACACCGCUUCAGAAUAAACUGCCGGAGUUGUGGGCACUGUUGAACUUCUUACUUCCAUCAAUCUUCAAGUCUUGCAGUACCUUUGAACAGUGGUUCAAUGCACCUUUCGCCACCACUGGGGAGAAAGUAGAGCUGAAUGAGGAGGAGACCAUUCUCAUCAUUCGUCGUUUACACAAAGUAUUGCGACCUUUCUUGCUGAGACGUUUGAAGAAGGAAGUCGAGUCACAACUGCCGGACAAGGUUGAGUACAUCAUCAAGUGUGAUAUGUCGGGCUUGCAGAAGGUGCUUUAUAAGCACAUGCAGAGCAAGGGAGUUCUACUCACCGAUGGAUCGGAGAAGGGAAAACAGGGCAAGGGUGGAGCUAAAGCUCUUAUGAACACAAUUGUACAGCUGAGAAAGCUGUGCAAUCAUCCCUUCAUGUUUCAAGCUAUUGAAGAGAAGUAUUGUGAGCAUAUUGGAGUCCAGGGUUCUGGAAUUGUUACGGGGCCUGAUUUGUACAGAGCAUCAGGGAAGUUCGAGCUUCUUGACAGAAUUCUACCAAAAUUGAAGGCAACUAAUCACAGAGUUCUGCUCUUCUGUCAGAUGACACAGCUAAUGACCAUCAUGGAGGACUAUCUCAGCUGGAGGGGCUUCAAGUACCUCAGGUUGGAUGGUACGACUAAAGCUGAAGACAGGGGUGAUCUCCUCAAGAAGUUCAAUGAUCCAGGGUCUGAUUAUUUUCUCUUCCUGUUAUCAACGAGAGCUGGUGGUCUUGGGUUGAAUCUCCAAGCUGCUGAUACUGUUGUUAUCUUCGAUUCUGAUUGGAAUCCUCAUCAGGAUCUUCAAGCACAGGACAGAGCGCACAGAAUUGGACAGAAGAAUGAAGUCAGGGUGCUGAGACUUAUGACUGUCAACUCUGUUGAGGAAAGGAUACUUGCAGCUGCUAGGUACAAAUUGAACAUGGAUGAGAAGGUCAUUCAGGCUGGUAUGUUCGAUCAAAAGUCGACGGGAUCAGAGAGACAGCAAUUCCUUCAAAGUAUUCUCCAUCAGGACGAUGCUGAUGACGAGGAGGAGAGCGAAGUCCCAGACGAUGACGUUGUUAAUCGUAUGAUUGCGAGGAGUGAAGGUGAGUUUGAAAAGUUCCAGAAGCUCGAUCUGGAGAGGAGAAGAGAGGAAGCUAAGCUGGGCUCCGAUAGGAAGCCCAGAUUACUCGAGGAGACUGAAUUACCUGACUGGCUCGUCAAAGACGAUGACGAGGUGGAGAGGUGGACGUAUGAGGAGGACGAGGAUGCCUUCUUGGGAAGAGGCUCUAGGCAGAGGAAGGAGGUCGAUUACACUGAUAGUCUUACUGAGAAGGAGUGGCUGAAGGCCAUCGACGACGAUGGAAUCGAGUACGAGGAAGAGGAGGAGGACGACAAGAGGAAGAAGAAAACGAGGAAACGUAAGAAGAAGGGCGAGGAGGACGAUGAGCCAUCCUCGAAGAAGAGGAGAGGUGGCACUGCUGACGCCAAGAUGAGGAAAGCUAUGAAGAAGCUUCUCAAAAUAGUGGUUAAUUAUACGGAAACUGCUGAUGGAAGGACUCUCAGUCAACCUUUUAUGAAGCUGCCAUCUAGAAGGGAAUUGCCUGAUUAUUACGAUGUCAUCAAGAAACCACUGACCAUUAAUAAGCUCAUGCAAAAGGUUGAAGAGGGAAAGUACUCGGAGAUGGAUGAGCUGGAGAAGGAUUUCCUGCAGCUUUGCAAAAACGCUCAGAUCUAUAAUGAAGAGAAUUCACUGAUUUAUGAGGACAGCAUGGUUCUUCAGAAUGUCUUUAUUGAGGCCAGGCAGAGGCUCGAGAAGGACGGCAAUAUAUCGGAUGAUGAUGGUGAGGAUGGGGGAUCUGAUGCUGACAGUGUCAGAAUGAAGAUCAAGAUGAAGGGGAGGAAGAGCGAGGGACGAACCGGUGGCAGGAGAAAACGAGUCACUAAGAAGUAUAUCUCGGAAUCAGACGAUGCUGAUGACAACUAAUCAAUCUUUUUAUUUUACCGAUUUUUUUUUUGUUUUUUUAUGAUUUGUAGUACGCGAUAUCACGAGGGAAUGAGGGAGACCAUGGGAUAAUCUGCGAAUUAAUUUUUGUUUGGUCCAGUGUACAGUAUCAAUAACUUGGAAUUAUGAAUGCAUUAGGGUUUCCUCAUCAGUUUAAUUUUUUUUUCCACUGUUCACUUGAUGUAGUUUUUAGGUCUUGAUCAUUUCGCUUAUGAUACCGGAAUUGAGUAGGAGUUUUAUUUAAUUAAGCAUUGGCAAAAAUUUUGGUCCAGAUAAUUUUUAUUCCGAGAGUUAUAGUGAAAUUCAAUCAAUUCAAGUGGUAAAUAUUUUUUCAGUCCCGACACAAUUGAUUUAUGAUGGACUCAAUAUACGUUUUCUAAUUUAGUCAAUGUAUUGUAGUUUAUGCUAUUAUAUUCUACGUAUAAGGAAAUAAAUUUGAUGAAUAUAAAAGGUGACUACUUAUGAAGAAAUAUACUGAUAAAAAUAACUUCACUGAA